AUGAACGCCGUUGGCAUCCUCACUACUUUCGCCCUCCUUGUGGCCGUCGCCAGCGCUGGUUUCCUCGGAGGUUACGGCGGCUACGGCCUUGGCUAUGGCUACGGAUUGGGAUACGGACUUGGCUACGGCGGAUACGGUGGAUAUGGAUAUAGCCUGGGACACCUUGGCUAUGGUUAUGGCGGCUAUGGACAUGGCGGCUACGGCCUGGGAUACGGCGGUUACGGACUGGGCUACGGCUAUGGAUUCGGCCUGGGAUACAAGUACUAG